AUCGGCCGGAAACUGCCGUGCGUUGUUCGCGUAUGAUAAGCGAUACGUUAUCUUUAUGGUGUAGUAAUCAUUAAUUCUUUCAAGGACAAAAACAUAUCCGAUAUACAGCACGCAAGUAUUUCACCUGUAUACGCAGGCAGCGGUGUGCGCGCUCCACUUCGCCACACAUCCGCCGCGUUUACCAGCGUCUCCGUCGUUCGCUUAUACAACCGGAAAUCCGUGGUUUUUCCUACGUUUAUUUUUUACCAUUGGUGCGACAAAAUGUAACGGACAUUCGGCGAUUACUUCUCUGGAUAUUUAAUUAAUGAAUUAUUCAUUCGGAAUUAAUCGGCCGCUUAAUUAUUGUGCUACGUCAGAAUGGGCGCGGAGCACCGGAAGGACUCGUUGCAUUCCCAUUCCGACGCGUCCAGCCAUAAUGGCUCGCUCGGGCCGAAGACCGGCGAUAUCCGCAUGAAGCGUUUGAACGGCCCGAAAGGCAUCGACAACCAGAAUUUCCUGGACGAUGAGGGCCGCGUCAAUGGGCAUGUACCGCGGGUGUCGGUGGUCAGCAGCGAGAUCGAGGUGGUCCCACCGGAACAGGGCCGCGACGAGGUGGACGCCUGGGAGAAGAUGCCGGCGGCGCAGGAUGAGGAGGACGGUCCGCCCUGGUCAAGUUUAACGCCGAAGGAGAAAGCCCUGCGCAUCCUACUCAACCUGGCCAAAUUCGUCGGCCUCCUGGGUCUCCUGUACUUCUUCAUCUGCUCCCUGGAUCUUCUAGGCUCCGCCUUCCGUCUGAUGGCCGGCCGCGCCGCCGGCGACAUCUUCCGCGAGAGCGAACUGCUGGCCAACCCCGUGACGGGUCUGAUGAUCGGCAUUCUGGUCACCGUGCUGCUGCAGAGCUCCUCCACGUCCACCUCCAUCGUCGUGGCCAUGGUCAGCAGUAAAAUUCUGCGCGUGGAGCAGGCCAUCUUCAUCAUCAUGGGCGCCAACAUCGGCACCUCCGUCACCUCCACCAUCGUGGCCAUGAGCCAGGCCGGCGACCGCGACUGCUUCCGACGGGCCUUCGCCGGCGGCACCGUGCACGACAUGUUCAACUGGCUGACGGUGCUGGUGCUGGUGCCGGUGGAGUGGGGCACGCACUAUCUCUACUACCUCACCGAGGCCAUCACCGACACCAUGGGCAACAGCAGUGAUGUGCAGGUGGGCGAGCUGCAAUUCCUGCAGGCCGCCACGCGGCCCUUCACCGACCUCAUCGUGCAGGUGGAUGAAGGGGCGCUGGAGCAUUUCGCCGCCGGCAACACCGAUGGCCGGGUGCUCAAGACGGAGUGUGGCCUCGAGAACGUCACGCUGUCCAACGGCACUUCAAUCAACCAGAUCAUUCCUUGUACACACCUGUUCAUGGACUCGGGUCUGGAGGACCUGCACAUCGGGCUGAUCAUGCUCUUCCUCUCCCUCUUCAUCAUCUGCACCUCCCUGGUCCUCCUGGUCAAACUCCUCAGCAGCGUCCUAAAGGGCGCCGUCGCCAAAGCCAUCAAAAAGACCGUGAACUACCGACUACCCAAACCCUUCGGCUUCCUCACCGGCUACAUCGCCAUCCUAGUCGGCGCCGGAUUAACCGUCAUCGUCCAAAGCUCCUCCGUCUUCACCUCCACCCUGACGCCGCUCGUCGGUCUCGGAGUCAUCGAGAUCGAGCGCAUGUACCCGCUGGUCCUCGGGUCCAACCUGGGCACCACCGCCACCAGCGUCCUGGCCGCGCUGGCCUCCAGCCCCGCCACCUUCCACCAGGCGCUGCAGACGGCGCUGGUGCAUCUGUUCUUCAACCUCUCCGGCGUCCUGCUCUGGUACUCCAUCCCCUUUAUGCGCAAGGCCCCCAUCGGGGCCGCCAAGGUCCUGGGCAACACCACGGCGAAGUACCGCUGGUUCGCCAUCAUGUACAUUAUCCUCAUGUUCCUCGUGGUACCGGGGGUGGUGUUUGGGUUGAGUAUGGCGGGGUUCAUCUAUCUGGGCGUGUUCGGCGGGUUGUUUCUGCUGAUUUUCAUCGUGGUGAUCGUGAUCAAUAUCCUGCAGAGGAAGAAACCCAAAUGGUUGCCGCGCUGGCUGCGCCACUGGGAUUGGCUGCCGUUGUGGAUGCACUCGCUGGAGCCGCUGGACCGGGUCAUCCGCGCCAUCUUCUCCGUGUGCGGCUGCUGCCGAAAUGUUCUCAAUCCCGCUGUACAGUAGAUUAUACAAACCGCGUCUCUUUCCCUGUAUCCCAUUCACAGCCAAUCAAACCGGCCGAUUCACCCGGUUGACAAAUUCUUUUUUUAUCAUAUAAAUGUCUAUUAUAUAUUUCCCAUUUUUAUUAAGAUUUUUUUAUAUGGCAUCCGAAAAAAAGAAACAAUCGCUCGAUGA